ACAUCACGGUCCGUGGCUUUAUCUACACCUUUACACGAUGCCGCCUGGCUGGGAGAGCUUGAUAAAGUAAAGGAGCUGGUCAGGUCUGGGGCGGACCUCGGGGCAACAGAUAGAAACGGACAGACACCUCUGAUGUGUGCCGUGAUUAAUGACAAAGAAGCUGCUGCGGCAUACCUCGCCAAGAAGAUGACUGUCCAGGAGUUGAAUGUGGUGGACGACGACGGGGACAAUGUGUUACAUGUGAUAACUUUAUGUCGUUGUCUGUGGUCACAGAUGAUACAGGACAUAACUGAUACCUCUCCUAGCCUGUUACAGCAGGAGGAUAGUCACGGGGAUAGACCGAUAGAUAGUGCAAGAGUUAUAAGUCAACGGGUUUACAACAUUCUCGAACGAAUUGAGCAGAGACAAGAGCAGAGACAGCAGCAGCAGCAGCAGCAAUAUACCCAAGGAAUAGCUGACAAUGUGGAAAACACUUGUAAUAUCACCAUUACUGUCGUUGGUCACCAUGGAGUUGGCAAGUCUUGUUUUGUACGACAACUUAAACAGGAAUAUAUUCCAGAAGGUGGACCGGGCUCAACAGAUACCGCUGACUUCUAUGUCAAUUUUAUAGGCUAUAACCCAGACACAGGGUUUAGACAGACACUAGAUCAAAAUGGUGAAAUGGAGACGGGUCGUCAGCGACUUAAACGUCUCAUAGAUCGAUACCGUGACUUGGGGAAUAGUCAUGUACAGCCAUAUGUAAAUACACGAAACCUACACGGUGAUUGUGCAAGUGCAAUAAAUCCAAGCAAGGCAACACUACCUAAACCAACGGUAGAUGUGCUUGUGUUGUCAGCAAGGAAAAAAACUAGUGUCAAACAGAAACUGAAACAGUUCUUCUCAAAGUUACCAUCCAGAAAAAAAGAAAGAGGGAUUCCGGAAUUGACGCAAGAACAAAGACAUGUUAUAGGAGAGGUGAUGAGCACAGAAAAAGAGGACAAGCAUGAUGGGGAGGUGACGGGCUACGUCACAAUAUAUGACUUCGGAGGGGAGAAGGUGUUCUAUAACACACAACACUGUUUUAUGUCAAGCAACAUGGUCUUCGUCCUGGUGUUCGACGUAGCUAUGUUUCUGGAUCCAAGCCGAGUAAAUGAUGGAUAUGACCGAAUCGAGUUCUGGCUGAGGAAUAUCGCUACAUAUGCCAUCGACAGAGCUGCACACGGUAAAGGAACUCCACCAGUCAUCCUUGUUGGAUCUCAUUUAGACAGUGUUUCUGAAAAUAAAGAAGAACAGGAAAAGAUGUUUGCCUCCGUGCUAGAAAAGCUUAACGAGAAACCUGAAAUCCGAAAAAUUAUGGAAGCCCACGUCCAGGAAAUGUUUUCCAUAGCAGAUCUGAAUGAUUCCACUAAAAAUCUAGAUACUUACGAGCGGGUGUGGAAAAAGAUCAUAUCGAUUGCCCCCCUCCAGUCCCAGUGGAUGAAGCCAGUACCUGCAAGAUGGGUUGCCUUGGAAUACCAGCUGGUGAGACUGAAGAAUGAAGGCAGGAUUAUCUUGACAUAUACUGAUUUGUUAGAAAUCAAUAGCAAGUCAGCAGUGCCAUUAGCAGAAGUUGAAGUAAUGGAGUUUCUAAUGUGAGUUGAAAUAUUCAUAACAUGUGAUAUAUCAAAUAAUUUUACACAUACAAUUGCAUCUUUAAAACCAAACCUUUUUUUCAGGAAACUAAAGUUCUCUGGAUCUUUCCUCUGUUUUGAUCUCUAU